ACCGCUGUUCUUUCUAACAAUUUGUUGAAAGAUGAGGCUUUGUUCAUUUUUGUUUUCUUAUGCUGUGAUUUAGAGACCCAACCAUCAUAGGAUGGCCACAUCAAAUGGCAAAGGAGAAAAAAUGUCCAAAUUUGAGACUUUAAAACUUUGGAGGCAUGCCAAAAGGAAAGAAGAUGAUGCCAUACACAGGGAAAGUGUCCUCAAAGAAAAAUUUCGACAGUAUGAGACAAGAUUGCGCUCAAGCGAUGCUCAGAAACAGAAGCUGAAGACCUUAACUACAGACAACAAAGAUCUGAGGAAACAGGUUGAAGCUCUUCGUACCGAGCUCGGGCUUGAGAGCAGCCCAAAGUUCAGCGGGAAGACCACAAAGGACUAAUCAAUGACUUGCAUGAAAUGAACGUGAUGCAAAACCCUGGUGGAGAAGGUUGGAAAACUGAAUCUGACUAUAUCAAUUGCAUCAGAGUUGGCAAAUACUGUCACAGCUAAAACACUUCUAGAAGAUCAAGUAGAGUCUCUGCCAAACCUCAAGGAUAUGACGAACAAUCAACGGCGUUUACUCAAGCGGGAAGAUACAAAGUCACAGAGGGAGCAGCUCACACUCCCUGCAAUCAGCCACAGAGCAGGACAGAAAGCAUCUGCCCAGAAAGCAGUUCAAACAGAAAUGUCCAUCAGCCCAUCUCAAAAGAUUCCUGCUAAUGCCUUUGAGACCAAGACAUUCUCAUCGAGAGUCUGACGGAAAGGCCUUUCGGGAUAAGCACAGCUUUACAACUCCGGGAAUGGCUUUCAUCAUGACAAGAAGCCUUACAUGCACAAUGAAACUAAAGGAAUUCAGAACUGACAGAA